UCAUUUCCAGUGCGCGACAUGGCCUCUCAGCAAUCCUUGCCGCCGCCGCCGCCUCCGAAGAAGAAGAAAUCCCCGCCACCCGCUCCCACCACCAUAUGCGCCCUCGGCGACGACCUUCUGCGCGAGGUAUUCCUCUGCCUCCCCUCCCUCCCGAGCCUCGUCCGCGCCUCCCUCACCUGCAGUCCCUUCCUCCGCGCCGUCCGCUCGUCGCCUGCAUUCCGCCGCCGGUUCCGCGACCUCCACCCACCCCAGCUCCUAGGAAUCUUCCUCAACAUCCACGACCCCGCCUUGCCAGCCUUUGCGCCCACCCGCCGCCGCUCCGACGUGGACCACGCCGCCGCCAUCCGCGGCGCCGAUGUCUUUUUUACGAGUUAA